AUGGCGACGGCGAGGCACCUGAUCCUGCUCGCCGUCGCCGUCUCGUUGAUGCUGCAGCAGUUCGCCGCCGUGGCCGCGGCGCCGUCCUCGGGAUCCAGCGCCGGCGUUACGCUGCGCGUGGAUCGUAAACAGGUGGUGGUGGACAACGGGUUGGUGCAGGUGUCGCUGUCGAGGCCCGGGGGCCACAUCACCGGCGUCCUCUACGGCGGGGAUCGGACCAACCUGCUGCACUCCACCAGAAGCAAAAACACCGGCGGGUACUGGGAUAUGGUGUGGAACAUCCCUGGGUCCGACCAGCGAGGCCUGCUCAACACGCUGGAUGGCUCGGAGUUCAGGGUGGUAACGCAGAGCGAGGAGCAGGUGGAGCUGUCGUUCCGGAUCGCGUACAGCCCAAGUCGGAACGGCGUCCGGCUGAACGUGGACAAGAGGCUGGUGAUGCUCAAGGGCAGCUCCGGGUUCUACAGCUACGCCAUCCUGGAGCACGGCGCGGACACGCCGGCCAUCGACAUCAGCCUGGCCCGGCUCGCCUUCAAGCUCAACAUGGACAGGUUCAACUACAUGGCCGUCUCGGACGACAUCCAGCGGUACAUGCCGCGGGCGGCCGACCGGGAGUCGCCGCGCAGCUCCCCGCUGGCGUACAGGGAGGCGGUGCUGCUGGUCGACCCGUCGGAGCCGCAGUUCAAGGGGGAGGUGGACGACAAGUACCAGUACACGCUGGACACCAAGGACAACAUGGUGCACGGCAGCGAGUUCAAGAGCGGCGGGCCGCUCAAGCGCGACCUCACCUCGCACGUCGGCCCGACGUGCAUGAGCGUGUUCCACGGGACGCACUACGUCGGCGACGACAUCGUGGCGCGCAUCGGGGACGGCGAGCAGUGGAAGAAGGUCAUGGGCCCCGUGUUCGUCUACCUCAACUCCAACUCGAACAACGGUGACCCGCGGGCGCUCUGGGAGGACGCCAAGGCGACGGCCCAGGCCGAGGCGGCCAGGUGGCCCUACAGCUUCCCGGAGUCGCCGGACUUCCACAAGGCCGGCGAGAGAGGCUCCGUCACCGGCCGAUUGCUCGUCAGCGACAGGCACGUGAGCAGGGAGAACAUGCCGGCUCGGGCAGCUUACGUCGGCCUGUCCGCGCCCGGGCAGCCUGGCUCGUGGGCGACGCAGAGCAAGGGCUACCAGUUCUGGACAACGGCGUCGAACACUUCCGGCGAGUUCACCAUUGACAACGUCCGGGCAGGGGAGUACAACCUCUACGCGUGGGUUCCUGGGGUUCUUGGCGAUUACAUGAACACCACCCGCGUCACCGUAACAUCCGGCGGUGCAAUCAACCUCGGGGAUCUUGUGUUCGAGCCCCCGAGAUCUGGUCCGACGCUGUGGGAGAUCGGCGUUCCUGACCGGAGCGCGGCGGAGAUGUUCGUCCCCGACCCCGACACGAAGUACCUCAACAAGCUCUUCCAUGACAAAGACAGGUACAGGCAGUACGGGCUGUGGGAGAGGUACGCCCAACUGUACCCGACGGACGAUCUCGUCUACACCGUCGGCGAGAGCAACCACUCCAAGGACUGGUACUUUGCACAUGUCACAAGAAAGGUCGGCGACGACAUCGUGCCGACGACGCGGCAGAUCAGGUUCAACCUGGACCGCGUCGUGCCCGGCGGCACCUACACCAUGCGGGUCGCCCUCGCGGCCGCUCAAGCGGCGAGGCUGCAGGUCCAGGUGAACGGGGCGACGAGGCGCGUGGGCGGGGUCUUCGGGACGCCGGCGUUCGGCGACGGCAACGCGAUCGCGAGGCACGGCGACCAUGGCACGCAGUGGAGCUUCGAGUUCCCCAUCAGCGGGAGGCUGCUCAGGGAAGGCGACAACACCAUCCACAUCACGCAGACGAGGGCCAACAGCGUCUUCUUAGGGGUCAUGUACGACUACAUACGGUUUGAAGGACCUCCCGUGUGCCACGGUCCCAUGGCCCCGUACUUGAUCUGCCUAUCUUGCACGCAGUUAAGGGCCUACGCUUUUGACAUGCCCAAUCCUGAUGGACGAGGACUUGAAAACCCAGGGGAUCCAAAUAUGGUGGUUGUAUGA